AUGUUUCACGUCCUAUGUGAGGGAGGACCUUGCCCACCCCUUCCAACCUGCAUCAAAGUAAAUCCAGAGUGUCCAACUAAAAGCUGUGCACCAGGUUGUGUAGUGGAAAAUAUAGAUAAACAUCACUGUCCUUCUUGUACCUGUGGCGCCCCCUCUGAUCCAGCCAAGAUCGAGAAUGAACGUUGUCCUGUUCCAGUGUGCGAGGGUCAUCACUGUGUGUUGAUAGAUGAUGCUGAUGGAUGUAAAUUAUGCCUUUGCAUAACAUGCGAAAUCCCCGAGUGUCCGGAGGACUGUGUAAUACAGGAGGGAACACAUGAAGGCCAAUGUCCGACGUGUAUUUGUAGCGUUCAAGACAUUAAGACCACUUAUGUAGCAUACUCCAACAUCGAUAAUGAACGUUGUCCAGUUCCUGUGUGCGAGGGUUAUGACUGUGUGAUAGUAGACGAUGCUGAUGGAUGUAAAUUAUGCCUCUGCGCAGAAUGUGAAAUUCCCGAAUGUCCAGAGGGCUGUGAACUACAGGAGAAAUCACGUGAAGGCCAGUGUCCGUCUUGUACUUGUCGGGCUCAAGAAGUAAAUACUACUCAUGUUGCAUACUCCAACAUCGAUAAUAAACGUUGUCCAGUUCCCGUGUGCGAGGGUUACGACUGUGUGAUAGUAGACGAUGCUGAUGGAUGUAAAUUAUGCCUCUGCAUAGCAUGUGAAAUACCAGAGUGUCCGGAGGGCUGUGAACUACAGGAAAAAUCACGUGAAGGCCAGUGUCCGUCUUGUACUUGUCAGGCUCAAGAAGUAAAUACUACUCAUGUUACAUACUAUGAGCCAGAGAAGCAAGAAGACUAAAGUAAAACGUUCCUCACCUCUAUUCUUGUAUGCGAGUCACAUCCUGGGUUACAAGUACCUUUUUAGA